AUGGCGGACUUCUUCCGCUCGCAGAGCUACGACGACCAUCGCCUGGCGGCAGAGGCGAGGUCGAGUCUCCCAGGCCAGGCGUUCAAGCGGUCAGCACCGCUGGGUGCCGGUGAAAAGCGGGCGCGUGGAAUUGCGGGCGGAAGUCGCCGGAUUGUGGACGACUCGGUGACUUCGGAUGAGAGUUGCGGCGGAUCCGAGUGCGAUGACGAGUACUCGGACGAUGGCAGCGGUGCUGGACUGCAGACUGCAGAUUGGGCCAUGCCGCCGUUCAGCCUUGCGCCAGACACCAGCUGCAUCAGCCGCUCUCUCCCGAUCUCGCAUGCAUCCCGCAAGGAGCGUGAGCGUGAGCGCGACGAGCCGGUGCUGUGGACCAAAGUACCGGGAUCGGACAGCGGAGGUCGGCCGGCGCGGAUGGCUGCAACGAGCAAAGCGACUCGCAUGCUUCUCUCCCGGUCACACCACAUCAAGAUGUCGGCACCACACGUUCCACUUGUCCCGCUCCCGCUGGUUAAGCCCGGCCUGGCCGACGUCACCGCCUUUGUCACCCGCCUCUUUGAAGAGCGGCCGAUCUGGUCGCGGACAGCGCUGCAGGGCCGCAUCCCCUGCGCCGCUCACUCGGGCCUCUCCAAGUCGCUGUACAACCUGACGUACACUCCGAGCGAGGGUCCGUGGCGCGGCUUUUACAUCCUUCUCGACUACGAUCCGCGCGCCCACCAGGAGGCGGUGCUGUGGCAGUCGGUCGACGUCCGGCUCCGCAACGUGACCCACCCGGAACGGCUUGUGGUCAACCGCUCGCUCGCGCACUUUAAGGACGGCCGCGACCGGGUCCUUUCCCGGUUCCAGAACACUGGCGAGACAGAGAUUGUCCGCGCCGACGUCCAUCCCGACGAGUGGAAGGCGCUGCAGCGGUUCCGCGCCGAGGCUGAGCUCCGCGCGCCGCCGCCCUCGCACCAGCCCAUGUACCAGCUCGCCGACCUGAUGCAUCUCGCCGGUGUGGCCGACAUCGUCAACCAGGUCACCAGCCGACCGCACUGCGAUCUCCACUACAAGACCGGCUGGCUCACCGCUGCCGAGCGCAAAGCCAUCCAAGCCAUAGCCAAGGAGACGGCGGUUGCGCUCUGCGAGGCCGCCGCCAGCGGCGGCGCAGCCAGCUAG